AUGACUCAAUUGCUGCCGCGACUUUUCCCCCGCUCUGCUUUUUCCCCUCCGUCCCUCCUCAGGACUUUCACAUCAAAGACCGCGCCCCCAAAGUCUUCCAAACGAAACCCCAAGAUGGCUACCGUCGCCACCAAGACCGGCCAGGAUGUCGACCGCAGCAUCCUGGACUCAAUGCUCCGCCGUCGCAUGUUCUACACCCCCUCCUUCGAGAUCUACGGUGGUGUGUCGGGUCUCUACGACUAUGGCCCACCUGGAACCGCCCUGGUCGCCAACAUGACUGACCUGUGGCGCAAGCACUUCGUUCUGGAGGAGGAUAUGCUGGAGGUCGACACCACUAUGCUCACCCCCCACGAAAUUCUCAAGACUAGCGGGCACGUGGACAAGUUCGCCGACUGGAUGUGCAAGGACCCCAAGACUGGCGAGAUUUUCCGUGCGGACCACCUUGUGGAGGAGGUCCUCGAGGCCCGCCUCAAGGGCGACAAGGAGGCUCGUGGCCAGAAGGUUGAGGUCGACGAGGAGAAGGAGGCCAAGAAGAAGAGAAAGAACAAGGGUGAUAAGAAGGCUGUUCAGUUGGACGAUGCUCUCGUCAAGGAGUACGAGGAGUGUCUGGCACAGAUUGAUAACUUUGAUGGCCCCGAGCUUGAGAAGAUCAUCACCAAGUACGAUAUCCGCAACCCCACCACCGAUGGCCCUGUGCUGCCCCCCGUUGCCUUCAACCUCAUGUUCCAGACCUCUAUCGGUCCCAGCAGCAACAUGCCCGGCUACCUGCGUCCCGAGACUGCCCAGGGUCAGUUCCUGAACUUCGCCAAGCUGCUUGAGUUCAACCAGCAGUCCAUGCCCUUCGCCUCUGCCUCCAUUGGCAAGUCCUUCCGUAACGAGAUCUCUCCCCGUGCCGGUCUUUUGCGUGUGCGUGAGUUCCUUAUGGCUGAGAUUGAGCACUACGUCGACCCUGAGGGUGGCAAGAAGCACCCCCGCUUCGUCGAGGUCAAGGACCUUGAGAUGUCCCUGCUUGACCGUAACGUGCAGCUGUCUGGCAGCACCAAGACCACCAAGAUGACCAUCGGCCACGCCGUGGAGACUGGUCUGGUGGACAACGAGACCCUCGGUUAUUUCCUUGGUCGUAUUCAGCUCUUCCUGCUCAAGCUGGGUAUUGACUUCAACAAGCUGCGUUUCCGUCAGCACAUGGCCAACGAGAUGGCCCACUACGCCGCCGACUGCUGGGAUGCUGAGCUCCAGACUAGCUACGGCUGGAUUGAGUGUGUUGGCUGUGCUGACCGCAGUGCUUACGAUUUGACCGUGCACAAGAACAAGACCGGUGCCCCGCUUGUGGUUCGUGCCACCCGCGCUGAGCCUUUGCGCAUCGAGGAGUACCAGAUCGACCUUGAGAAGAAGAAGUUUGGUCCACGCUUCAAGAAGGACGCCAAGGCCGUCGAGUCGGCUAUUGAUGCUCUGUCCCAGGAACUUCGUGAGAAGCUGUCCCUUGACCUGGAGAAGGACGGCAAGAUUGAGAUUGAUGUUGCUGGUGUUGGAUCUGGCAAGGUCGAGCUGGAGAAGGACCUUAUUACUAUUGAGAAGCGCACCCGCGUUGACAAUGUCCGCGAGUACACUCCCAACGUCAUUGAGCCGUCCUUUGGUAUCGGCCGUAUUAUGUACAGCAUGAUCGAGCAUGUUUACUGGUCCCGUGAGGGUGAUGAAGCUCGUGGUGUUCUGUCCUUCCCCCCCGCUAUUGCUCCUACCAAGGUGUUGCUGGUUCCCCUUUCCACCAACCCUGCCUUCAAGCCCCUGACCCAGCGUCUUACUUCCAAGUUGCGCCGUCUUGGUGUCUCCAACCGCGUGGACGACUCAUCCGCUUCCAUCGGUAAGCGUUACGCUCGCAACGACGAACUUGGUACUCCCUUCGGCAUCACUGUCGACUUCCAGUCCGUCAAGGACAACACCUUCACUCUGCGUGACCGUGACUCCACCAAGCAGGUCCGUGCUAGCGAAGACGAGAUCCUGGCUGCCCUCAAGUCCCUCACCGAUGGUGACGAGACCUGGGCUGAUGUGGCCAAGCGGCUGCCCGAGUUCACUGGCCAGGAAAUGGCGCCCACAGUCCACUCUGCCAAAAUCACACUCUCCUGCCCGCUCUUCUCCGUCGAAUUCGACCCACGUAACAACGGUCGUCUACUCGUGGGCGGCGGAGGCGGCGAAGGCCGCAGCGGAUCACUGCUAGAUACCUCGCGUCGGGAUGAGAUCACGGAGGCUGUUGAGCUGAGUUUGUCGCGCGACGAGGACUCGGUGACGUCGUUGGCUGUCGCGCCACAGGCUGACGAUGAUGAACAUUCGCUGGUUGUUCUCGCUGGAAUUAACAGCUCGGUUGCGGAACAGAAGAAGAAUAAUAACCAGCACAUGCGCUCAUUUCGAUUCCACGCGCCGCAGAAAAUUCGCUCUACAUCGAUCGAGGUGGGGGAGGAGGGGGACGAGACCGAGAAUAAAGAGCAGCCCAAGGAGGAAGUGAUUCCUGGGAAAACGGAAUCACUAUCUCGGACAUCUCUGUUCCGCUUUAAGAGCGGAGCUGAUGCGGGCGAUUGCUAUCAACGCGUGUUGAGGCUGUCACCCUGGAGGAAACCCAAGACUGAUGGCGACAAGAUUAGCAGCGACUCCAGAGUCGGUGCGAUUACAACUGGACUUGCAAAAUCAGGUGAAGUUGUCUUCUUCAGCGCGACAGGCUCUCCUACACAGUCAGAUGUGAUUGGUCGUAUCCGCCUCGGCGCCAACGAGGAAGCAGAGGAUGUCGACUUUGCCAGUCUCGAGUUUGAUCCCGAUCAGACGGCCGAUGCUCGUGGCCAGUUCCGUGUAGCAUAUACCAACGGAAUAGAUGUCAUGGUUGGUGAGAUCUCGUCUUCCACUCGUUCCAAUGCCGCCCCAGAUGUUCGAUGCGUUUAUACUAUCCCUCUGCCGAGCAGUGGCGCUCCUACUGCACGCCCCAAGUUCCGUGCCGUGCGCUUCCUCUCUCCCACUGCCAUUCUCCUUUUACAGAAUGCCCCGAAUCGCAGCGGAAGUGAGCUGGUUCUCCUCAAGCUGCCAAAGACCAAAGAUGCGCAAGCGAAGGUGAUCCGUCGCCGCAAGCUUCCUCGAACUGUGAAGAUUGGCCUCGGCCUCGAUGUUUGUGCACUUGGCACCAACCCGGUUGGACAACAACAGACAAUCAUUGCCGCGAGUGGCAGUGAUAACUCUAUCAACUUGUGGACGGUUGAAUAUGGUCCCAACCGUGGCUACGAAAACCUGAAGCCGUACACAACCCUUCGCGAUGUACAUCCUUUCUCCAUGACAAAACUAUGCUUCUCAACCUUCAUCGCUCCCUCCCACCCCAUUACUCCAGAUGUGCCCCCGCAAAGAGUCAAGCUCGCAUCUGUCAGCAUGGGCAACACAGUUGUCGUCCACACCUUCCCACUAUCUCCAUUUCCACCUUCCUCGCGCCAUCCCCGCUACACUUUAUCUCUUCCCGGCCCCUCCGAAACCUGGGAACUCCUCACCUACAUCAUUGUUUGCAUCCUAUCAUUCUGCGCAAUCAUCUUCGCAAUGCUCGUCUACAUGGAAAUCCGUGGCGCAACCCCUCCCUACUUCGGCGCCACCCAGUGGCUAUCCGAUGGGAUCCGCGAAUCCUGGGCCUCCGAGUACAUUGCUCCAGAGCAAGGCAAAGGGUCCUAUUUGGACUACAUCCUUUCUCCAUCCCGUAGCCAGAGUGACAAAACCCACUUUCUUCCAAACCCCAACGCAGAUGUCACUGUUGAUGAAGACGUAUUGGAAAGUCUGAAGGAUAUCCUCGACCGCAUCCACAAAGCAGGCGCUGCUCCAGCUGAUCUGGAGACUCAGGCUCCACAGUCUCUAUCUGUGAUUGUGCGCUGUACCGACCACGGAAAUGCCGAAAAGAGUGUCCUUAUCGAGACAUACUCGUCUGCACACCACCACCAGCUCACUGAAGCCGAGCGCUUGCGUUCCUACGAGGAUAUGAGUGGCUCGGAUCAGGCCGCGUGGAAACGGCGACUCACUGAUGCUGGACGCUGGACCGCUAGUGAGGGUGAGAGUGUGUUGAAGGGUGUGUUGUUCAGCGAGGCCUGUGGUCAGUUGAGGCAGUUUGUAGCUAACGGACUGCCUUAA